CCUUUUUUUUUCAAGAAUUAGGAGGAAAAAACAGAUGAUUUAGCAGACGGAUGAACUGUUUCACCUUCUGCGUAUCUCCCUCCCUCGAUUACUUCGGUCGCUAAGCGUAAAAUCCUUGUACGUGUUCAUCAAUGGCGUCCAUUCUCUGUUUUUAGUUACCAGACCCGGAAUUAAAACCCUAGAACACUCCUCCCCAUUUCGCAUUUAGAUUUUCCAGAUUUCGCAUUAUAUAAACGUGCCCACCACUUGAUUUCUCCUCCGACCGAGAUUCCAGAAAAAAGGUGUUUUCCAAUUUUGUCGGAUUCUCUGUUUGCGAAAUCGACAUGAACGCCGAACCCGUCAAUGGAGGAUCCGUACGGAUCCGGACAAGGGAUGGGACCCGGAAGCUUCCCAAUUUCUUGCAGAGCGUGAACAUGAAGUACGUGAAGCUAGGUUACCAUUGCCUCAUAACCCACAUGUGGAAGCUCUGUCUGGUUCCGUUAAUAGCGGUCGUAGCCACAGAGGCCUCUCGGCUUAGCCUAGAUGAUCUCCGACAUCUCUGGCUUCAUCUCCAGUACAAUCUCUUCGGCAUCGUCGUUUUCUCUGCCGCUCUUGCCUUUGGGUCGACCGUCUUCAUCAUGACCCGACCCAGACCCGUUUACCUCGUUGACUACUCCUGCUACAAGCCUCCAUCGAAUCUGGUGGUGAAUUUUCAGAAAUUCAUGAACCAUUCGAGGCUCAUUGAAGAUUUCGACGACUCCUCGCUCGAGUUUCAGAGGAAGAUCAUCCAGCGUUCUGGUCUCGGCGAAGAGACACAUCUCCCGGAGGCUCUCCAAUGUAUUCCUCCAAAUUCGACAAUGGCGGCGGCGAGAGAGGAGGCCGAACAGGUAAUGUUCGGUGCCCUCGACAACCUUUUAGAAAACACUAAGAUUAGCCCUAGAGACAUUGGGAUAUUGGUUGUGAACUGUAGCUUGUUCAACCCAACACCUUCCUUAUCCGCCAUGAUCGUGAAUAAGUACAAGCUUAGAGGGAACAUCAAAAGUUACAAUCUUGGAGGAAUGGGUUGUAGUGCUGGCGUCAUCGCCAUUGAUCUUGCCAAGGACUUGCUCCAAGUUCAUAGGAACACCUACGCUGUUGUGGUUAGCACAGAGAACAUCACUCAGAACUGGUACUUUGGCAAUAAGAAAUCGAUGUUGAUUCCCAAUUGCUUGUUCCGUGUUGGAGGGUCUGCGAUUUUGCUGUCGAACAAGCCAUCGGACCGGAGACAUUCUAAGUACAAGCUCAUCCACACUGUCCGAACCCAUAAGGGAGCAGAUGACAAGGCUUUCAAAUGUGUACACCAAGAACAGGACGGCAAGGGCAAGACCGGAGUUUCUCUGUCAAAGGAUCUAAUGGCUAUUGCAGGGGAAGCCCUAAAGACGAAUAUUACCACUUUAGGUCCCUUGGUUCUUCCCAUAAGCGAGCAGAUUAUCUUCUUCAUGACUUUGGUUGCUAAGAAGCUUUUCAAUGCAAAGAUCAAACCUUACAUACCCGAUUUCAAGCUCGCCUUUGAGCAUUUCUGUGUUCAUGCGGGCGGUAGAGCGGUGAUCGACGAGCUUGAAAAGAAUCUGCAGCUUUCGGAUACGCAUGUGGAAGCAUCUAAGAUGACAUUGCAUAGGUUUGGCAACAUUUCUUCCAGCUCCAUUUGGUACGAAUUGGCUUACACUGAGGCUAAAGGCAGGAUGAGGAAAGGAAAUCGGGUCUGGCAGAUUGCUUUCGGGAGCGGGUUCAAGUGUAACAGCGCGGUCUGGAUGGCUCUCCGCAACGUCAGACCCUCGGUUAAUAGCCCUUGGGACGAUUGCAUCGGUCGAUACCCAGUUAAGAUUGAUCUUUGAAUCCCCCAAAAUCAUUUAGAUUGAUUUAAGAUACGGUUAGUCCAAAUAUACACAUAGUCUCUCCUCUUUUUCUUGUUAUACUAUACUUCUUCUAUGAAGGGUUUGAUCACAUUGCCCAUGUUAGGUUGGUGAUUGUGAAUUGUGAUGUCAUCUCUUUUUUCCUUA